AUACCAUGAGCUAGUCAGAUGCCGGUUGAAAGUUGAAACAUGUUUUCAAGUAUCUGGCAGCGUGCGAACUUAUCGGUCAUAUUAACAGUUGAGUAACAAAAUAAUAAACUAUAUAAAUUAUAUAUUGUUACAAGAUUUUCAAGUGAUGUGUUUUUUUUAAUGGUGAAACAAAAGACGAUUUGUGAUUUUAAUGGGUCAUUUCUGUGAAUAAUAAUUUCUAAUAAAAAGGUUUCUAUAAUAGGUAUCAACGAAAGUCAAAUUGGUGUGAGCUUUAAAUUCCACAGUGAUUCAUUCACCUGCUAUAAUUUCCAACGGAAAUACAGUCACGAUGUGCAAUACCAGCGAGUGUAUAACGGAGACGCUAUGUGUAGAAAAAAAUGGGAAUUCGGACUGGAUGCUGCAUUCGACUAUAAAAAAAUUCUCUCCUAGUAACGCAAACACAGAAAUUUCGAAAAAUAUCAACGGCGAGCAACAUCCAAAGAAGACUUCAUCAUUCAAGCAAGUUUGCGAAUUUCCAAUUACAGUUUGUAGAAGAGGUUCAAAAGAUAUACUUUCUUGGUUAAAUGGUUUAUCUAUAAGUAAAAAAAGAUCACCCUCAGAAAUCAUACGAGACUGUUACAAUCAAAUCAAAUCUUCGUUAUUCCUGAUUCUAAUGUGUGCUGUAUUAAUUACGAUUUCAAUCGAAGCUUGCAUUUGUCUAUUUCUACUCAUUUCCGUGUCAUCAGAGCCGGGAUUCUUAUUUUUAUUUUCUACUUUUGUCGGAGUCGGUUUCAUCGGUUUAAGGAUACUCACCACGAAACAAGCGAAAAAACCUAAACGAAAAAUCAAGUCUAAAGAAAUUUAAUUUAAUGCCACGGUUUCACAUAUCGACUUGUUGCAUUUCUUUCAGCAACGAAAUCUAGGCCUUAAUUGUAUUAUCGUAAGAUUGAAAAUUUGACGAAAAUUCCAUUAGGUUUUUUUCAGCUAUUUAUUCGUGUAUUUAUUUAUUUGUAUAUAUUUUUUUUACUGUGUUGAUAAUUUUAUUUAAAUUCUUUAUUGUGAUUCUAUUUAUUACGUGUUUGAAUAAUAUUUUUAUAUACGUAUUGAGGACUCGACUAAUCGAAUGUAGUAUUAGGGAUAAGGUAAUGUUGAAUCCUUCAUUUUUUUGCCACGAUCGGAUUUUUCAAUUUUUUAAAUAAUCGAAAAUUUUAGUUUAUGCAGACAUUAUACGUAAUAUCUGCAAAAUUACGCAAAAACAAAUUAUAUUACUUAUUCUAAUAAAUCAUUACGUGACCAUGGUCUGCUACCUGAGUAAAAUGAAUAAGACAACAUUGUUUUUGUUUUUACUGUUGAUUUACUUUAUAUCAACCGAGAAAAAUACAUUUUUUAAACGUUA